AUGGGGCCAAAAGAUUCCCGGAUGUUGAAUUAUGUCGGUGUAACAGCUUCUGGUGCCGAGGAUCUCGCCUCCGCUCUCAGUACAAACCCAUCACUGACGGAGCUGAACCUGAGUGAUAAUAAACUGGAAGAUUCAGGAGUGAAACUGGUGUCUGCGGCUCUGAGGAACCCGGAGUGUAAAAUACAGAAACUGGUGCUGUGGCGUGUCGGUCUCACAGACUCUGGUGCCGAGGAUCUCGCCUCCGCUCUCAGUACAAACCCAUCACUCUCGGAGCUGAACCUGAGUGAUAAUAAACUGGGAGAUUCAGGAGUGAAACAGGUGUCUGCGGCGCUGAGGAACCCGGAGUGUAAAAUACAAAAACUGCGGCUGUGGGAUGUCGGUCUCACAGAUUCUGGUGCCGAGGAUCUCGCCUCCGCUCUCAGUACAAACCCAUCACUGACGGAGCUGAACCUGUUAUCAAACCCGCUGACAGACCGAUCUGUCCCCGCUCUCCGCCGCCUCAUACUGACCCUCCCGAGUCUGGAGCGGAUCUGGCUGGCGGGGAAUCGGUUCAGUGAGACAGGGAGGAAGGAACUGAGAUCUCUGCAGGAACCCAGACCCGGACUGAGAGUGAUCCUGUCAACAUCUGAAUGUGUGAACAUCCCCGCCCGCGGGAUGGGGUUGUGGACAUUUGGCCGAUUCCCCGUCCUCCCCUUUAACUCCCGCCCUUACCUUUAAUGGCCGCGCGCCGGGGGUGACUCCGAACGGUUUUAACGGAACCAGCUCAAGUCUCGCGCUGUGCGUCGCUCGGACGUGUUUCCACCUGUUGUCCGGCGGCGCAACUUCCGCCGGAUGUGCGUGUACGAGACUCCCACCUGACACCCCGGGGACUUACUCAGACAGAAAGAGUCCGGGGUCUGGGGCUCAGUCUGGGUCACCGAUGUCCCGGGGUGGGAUUAUCCCGGGAGAGAAUCUUUUUGCUCCCUUUGCCGAGGACGGUGCAUUCGGCAGCCUGGCCCAUAUAAUGAUGUUAAAUGGACAAAUAUCUCGGCAGUGACCCUGGAUCUGCAGCGAUCUCGGACACGGCCCUGAAGUGUGAUUUUAUAAUCAUCGGUUCCCCGAUGCAGAGUGACGGUGAGAAACGGGACUGAAUAUUCAAACCCGUUGUCGCCGGUCAGUUAAUUGUGUGUGACCGUGAAUGAG